GAGGAGGAAGAGGAGACCCAGUUUACUACACAGAGGACAGUGAUCCAGUCAGCAUCAACAAAAUUAUGUCCAACAGGGCCGUUGUGACUCUCCAACCCAACUGGCUUCAGAUCUUCAGUGGUGAGACGUUCACUGUCAGAUGUGAGAUCCAGGCAGGAGGAGACACUAAAUGGACGUAUGAAUGGACACCAGACGAAUUAAACAGACCUACAACAGACAAUGAAUACAGGAUCAUCAGAGCUACUGUGUCCCACAGUGGAGACUACAGCUGUAAGGGUAGAAGAGACUCAUAUUCCUCAACAGAGUGGAGUGAUGUCAUCAAAUUGACAGUAUCGUCACAGAUACCAAAGGCUGAACUGAGCGCUGACAGGAGAGACUUUCCAGCAGGGGGCAGUGUGACCCUGAGCUGCUCUGUGAACCCGUCAUCUGGUUGGAAAUACUUCUGGUACAGAGGAGAGAAAACCUCUGAACCCCUGAACACACAAGAUGCUCCCUUCAUCUCAGAUGGACAAAUCAGUGUCUCACAGGGAGGACUCUACUGGUGCAGAGGAGGAAGAGGAGACCCAGUUUACUACACAGAGGACAGUGAUGCAGUCAGUAUUAGCAAAAUUAUCACAAACAGGGCUGUUGUGACUCUGCAACCAAACUGGUCUGAGAUAUACUCAGGAGAGACGAUCAGUCUGAGAUGUGAGAUCAAGGACGGAGGAGACACUGAGUGGGAGUAUGAAUGGAAAACACCCAGCUCAUACAAACCUUUAAAAGACAGUGAAUACAGGAUUAGAUCUGCUUACUCAUCCCACAGUGGAGACUACAGGUGUAAGGGCAGAAUGAAAAGUGCACAGCAGUCUUCAACAGACUGGAGUGAUCCUGUCAAAUUAACAGUAUCAGACAAUAGACCCCAGCCUGUCCUCACUGUGUCUCCAUCCUGGCUGAGUCCUGGAGCCUCAGUAACUCUGAGCUGCAGAGUUAAAGAUCCAUCUGCAGGAUGGAGGUUCUUCUGGUUUAAGGCUGUUCCCAAACUAUCAGACUACUCCUACAGCCAUGAGCUGCUACCUGGCAGCAGCAACGGGACUGAACAGGAUUCCUACAUCGUUCAUGGACAGACACACACAGCAGGAUAUAAGUGCAGAGCUGGAAGAGGAGAUCCAGUGUAUUACACUUAUUACAGUGAACCAAAGUUUGUCUGGUCUGCAG